AGGACCCCUUGCAGCCCCCAGGCAGGAGGCUGCGGGGCCGCCAUGCGCGCCAUGUGCAUCGGGCUGCGUUUCUGCCACGCCACCGAGCUGGACACCCUGCUGCAAGUCAGCAUCGAGAGCGGCCGAAUGACCCACCACCAUCCUACCGGCUACCUGGGGUCUCUGGCUUCAGCCCUCUUCACGGCCCUCGCGGUGAACGGAGUGCCCCCCCCGGCCUGGGGGAAGCGGCUGCUGGAGGUGCUGCCAAAGGCAAAAGCCUAUGUGAGGGACACCGGCUUCUUCGUGGAGGAGAACAUGGGGCAAUGGCGUUACUUUGAAAAGCAGUGGGAAAAAUACCUGGCAGAGAGAGGCAUAUCAGACGGGAUCUCGCCACCGACCUUCCCCCCCAGGUACGGCGUGGAAGAGAGAGACUCCUUCUACCCCUCCCUCAGCUACAACGGCUGGGGGGGCAGCAGCGGGCACGAUGCCCCCAUGAUCGCUUACGACGCGCUGCUGGGCGCGGGGGACUCGUGGGCAGAGCUGGCUCACCGGGCCUUCUUCCAUGGUGGUGACAGCGACUCCACCGCCACCAUCGCAGCCUGCUGGUGGGGCGCCAUGCACGGCUUCCAGGGCGUCAAUGACUCCCUCUACGCCCAGCUGGAGUACAGGGACCGCCUGGAGCUGGUGGCCGAGCACUUGUACCACCUCAUCACCUAG